AAGCCUACAUUAACGGGUUGUUAGGCUAUAGGUGUGUUACCUGGCAAUCAAAUAAUGGUGACGAAGCAGUUUGACAUUGUAAAGGAAUUUAGUUUGGCCGUUUGAUUUUGUUUGGAGUUGUAGAGUUGCGCCGCACAACAGGAUAAUAGUUUGUUAUAAUAAGUAAAAAUGACUCAGUUUGACUUCAAUGUUGCCCAGUCGCAGGAGGACCAAAACUGUGAUUUCAGCGACUCAGCAAAACUAUGUUGAGCACUUUGUGAUGAGUCAUCUUUCCGUCAUAUCAUAGACAGUAAUCCCUUAGGGUUUGCCUGGUCACUCAAAGAACCUUUCGUUUUACCAUAUCCUCAUACAAACAAGAGAAUGUUUUUUUUUUUUUCUGAAUGCAAAAGGUGGCAAAACAUUAAAUGGUUAAAAAGGGAAGUGGUACCACGUGCCACUGUGUCCUAGAGAGGCUGGUGUUGUUUUCAAGGGAAAGCAGUAUGUCCAGAAAUAUUUCAUUUUCUAAGGGCCUUCUGUUUCAAAGCUUUCAUAUUGGUUACUGUUGCCUAUUGUUGGUGUGUGGAGGGAUAUUGGUUUUGCAAUUUGGCCAUACAGGUACAUUAUGAUAUAAACACUUUAUGAUCAUUAUUAUUCAUAUUUUUUAACUGCUUGGUUUGUACUGUAAAGGGAAAUUGUAUGUGUGUACAUUUGGUAUUUAAAAGGGACAUGUACAAUGUUAAGUAUGUCAUAGUGAACUUACUCAGUGAGGUCUUUAUGACACUGUAAUACCCUACUUCAGAUAAUUCUUUGGAAAAAUUCUACCUUAGAAAAAAGCAUUCUAAGCUAAACAUGCCAAAGCACUCACCUUAAACAAUCAAUGACUGUUUACACAUACAUUGGAUAAUGUUACUUCUCUCUGUUGUUUGUUUGGAUGAGACUCUGUAUUGGUCGUGUCUAUGUUGCAUUGGUUGAUGGAGUUAUAUUUCUUAAUUAACAGCUUCAUCUCCGCUGUGCACUACUCUGUCAUCCAAAGUUAAAAAAAUUCAUACAUUGAAGAAAUGUAAAAUGUAGAAAAUGUAGUUUUGUAUCGUUUCCCUAAAGAUAAGGUAUUUUUCGUCAUUUUUAAACCAGAACUAUAUAACUUUCUGAAUGUUGUGUGGAGGGUUAUGUUGUUUGUAUUUGUGGUACAUUAUAUUGUUAUGUUUAUAAAUAAACAAAAUGUUUAGUUUUGCUGAACUACGGUCACAUUCUAUUUCAUAACAUCUCUGCACUUUCAGUACAUUGGUAGUUUCUCUGCGUCUGACUGCACUCCUGAGGACCUCCUUGUCUAUUCAUUUAGCAUGUCCAAAAUAUUGAAUGUGUUUGAAAAGCUUCCAGCAACAUUAGAGCUAUAUCUCUUCUUAGUUAGAGGUAUCACAUUGCUCAAGACUUCCUGUGUCGGAAGUCAUAUGGUGAAGAGCACUAUAUCACCUUAAAUAGCCCUCAGACUCUGGUUUCAGUCUGCUGUUCUAAAGGAGACAAGCCAUGUGAUGUGUUGCCAUGGACGCUGGGUGCCCUGGCGACGCUAGGAAAUAUAUUGUUACAUAGUCUCUGUCCUGUAUUCCAUUGACCACAGAGCCUUGUGGUUAUAAGGUUUGGAGAGGCAGGUACGGCUUUACACUUUCUACAAUAUGUAGUCACAGAAUGUUUGCAUAUUAAACUGUUCUGUGCAUAUACAAUAUAAAUGAAAAGUAGCAUAAUAUAGGUUUGUCUUAGGCCUUUGUCAUAUAAUGUUGCCUUUUCAAAUGAAUAAUGUUUUAUACAUACAGGUAGACUUAACAGAAGUCAUUUGUAGGAAUGAUUGACAACAUUUCUACCUUUCUAGUGUAAACUGUCAGGAUCCUCCUUUUUGAGUGUCAGUAUUGAAAUGAACAAUGGCUCACUUCAGUAGAGUUCUGGAACUUUCCCAACCCAAAGACUCUAAAACAAUUUGGAUCACCAUUCCAUGGUAUGUGAGAUGGGGCAACCAAGAGCCAAUAUGGCCAAUCUCCUUUACUGCUCUGAAUGCAGCGCCUACAGCGAGACUCUCAGCACUGGCACAGCCCAAGAAAGACUUCUCGGGAUUAAACAGAUGCCAUCGGACCAGAAGCAAAGAGGAAGAGCAUCUCCCCCCUAGGAGGAUGUUGCGUUCUUCCUGCAAGGCGGCCCAGUACGAACACAUUGUCCACCUAUCAACACCCAAGAGGAGAUCCACCAGCUCCCAGGAAAUUAGGUAUCCUCACACAACCUGGUGUGAGCACAGCUGUCCGAUCUGGCACCUCGACCCCAAAGUCAAGACUGCUUACGUCUCACCACGCCUUAGACAGCUGGCCAGUCCCAAAACCAACCAUCCUAGCUUCCAGAGCAACAAGAUCGUGGAGACUUGCAUCUCGCAGACUGCUAAAAGUGCACAGACCACAUCGAGGCUGGAUCUGCUGGCUUUGUCCAAAAAAAGAGAGGAUACGAUGUUCUAUGACAGAGGACGUCCAGAGCAGCCUAUUUGGCUGGUGUCGAAGGGUGCAAUGAAAGCCAAGGCCAGUCCUCGGAUCUCAGAGCUGUCAUUGCCCAAACUGCUUUCCACGGACUACCUUCCUCCAAAGGACUGAAGAAUGUAAGCCUUGUAAAGUGCACUUGUACUAUCAAAAUGCAAAAAAAACAACAACAAAAAAACAGAGAGAAAGGGCGUGGUUAAAGACUGAAAUAAAAGCUCUCUGAGAAGGGUA